AUGUCUGAACAACAACAAGGACAAGUGCAAGUGCAAGAAUCUUUCAAGCUGCCAAGACCUUUUUUCUUCAAGGACUCCGACCUUGAGUCAACCACCCAGUUUCAACCAGUUGAUACUUUCUCGGAAACAAAGAAGAUUGCCGUUUAUUCUGCAAUCUUUCUCGGUGGUAUGCAUGUAAGAAGGUUACUACAACACAGAAUGGGAUCUGCUAGACCAGGUCAGGAACGUUACCUCAAGCUAUUUGAAUUAUCACCAAGGCAUUUUAUAUCCAUUCCAUUUGCUUUGGGUACUUAUUCCUUUAUCUCAAACUCUUUAUAUAACUUAGAAGAAAAGAGAACAACAAAGAACGAAGUCAUUGCUGCAUCUUCUGCAAUUUUGGUUGCUACCAUUUUCAAAUCUUCUCCAUUGAACCAAAAGGUUGGUUUGGCGUUGGGUAUGGGUGCCUUUGUUGGUUUGUUCAACUGGUCUGGUGGUUUGAUUGGUAAUUACGCAACCAACUUCACCGCAAUGACACACAAUGGUCAAAUUAAAAACCAAGAAUCAAACAAGAGCUUGGAUGAAGAGUUUGCUAAUGGUACCUACAAGAAGCAAGGCUUCUGGGAACUAUUAUAUAGAAAGCCGUUAUCUGAAACUAUUGAAGAUUUAGGCGAAGGUAGAGGUAUUGGUAAAUUAUAA